AUGGAUGAGGUAACGCCUAACCUAAUCCACCUGGUGUAUAUAUAUUGCCCAACCCUAGAAAUUAGGAGGCUUGUCCCUUCACCCGCCGCCAGCAUCUCCCACCUCGGGAUCCAUCUCCACCCAAUCUCUUCGCUGAGCCUCCACUUUCUCCUCGUUUUCCCCUCCCGUCCAACCACCGUCGUCGCCCAAAUCCUACAGGAGCCAGAGCUCCUCUGCCCGUGCGCCUACCUCUCCCGUAGCUUCCAUGGCGCCGAGGCGCACCUCGACCUCGUCGUCGACCCAGCCGCUGCCGGCGAGCAGCAGCAAACAGCAGACCAUCCCGAACAGCAACUAGGAGCACGAGCUCCCAUGGCCGCCGCCGGCCGCCUCGUCUCUCCAGGAGCAGGAGCAACAAGAGGACGCCCCUGCUGCCAUGGUCAUCGUUCCGUCGCCCUCUGCAGGUCGAAAUCGCCGCCAUGGAACCGCAUCUCCACCGUUCCCGGUCCUCCCCGCGCCUCCCGACCUGCAAACCCCGCCGGAGCAAGUCACAUCGCCGCCCUCACCAUCGAUGCCCUGCUUCCCGUGCAUCUCCUCUGCUUCAGGUCGAGCAGUGCUUCACAGCGCUCAUCCUCGAGCAUUGACUGCGUCCGUCGCCGCAUCCGAGUUCCCCACACGCCGAUCUGCUUGUUCCCGGCCUCCUCGUCUUGCUCCGUCGACGUCCUUGCCGGACCACCACCGCCGUCGUGCCUGUUCCCGUCUCUGCUUCGAACGGGAGGAGAUCGCCAGUCACCGUUGACCGCGUCCGCGUGGGCUGCGUCCUCGCGGUCCAGUUCCGCCAGCGCAAGCCGGCCCGCUGCACUGACUGGGCCGAAGCCCAUGGUGUUGCUUCUUCGGGUUGGUUCCGAUAACGUAGUGUUGUGAGGAUUCGUUCGAC